AUGCCAAAGCACACCAAAUUUACUAAUAAUCCACUCACCGGCCAAUUAGAAAAGACAACCACCGAAGCAACAACUUCCAUUUCUAUUGGUAUUGGUCAAUCUACUCCUCCUUCUGAACGAUCCACAACAACCAGCCAUCGUGGUGGAAAUCACAAUAGAAGAGGAGGAUCUCCAAGAGGUGGAAGAGUGGCCACUCAUCAAUACACUGAUCGUCUCUCAUUCAAUGAUGGCAAAAAUCGUAAAAUUGAUGAUAAUGCCAUGAUUGAUGAGAAUGAUGAUCAAAAACAAACAAGACCGUCAUGGGGAAAGAGAAGAGUGUCAACUUCUCAAACAAACAUGUCAUUGGCAGAGAAUGAAUUUUCAUCUGCCUUGUUUAGCAUAAAAGUUGGGUUGAAGGAGAAUGUUGUCAUGUCUCCCUUCUCAAUUUUUAUUUGCUUUUUGAAUUGUAUGGUGGGUACAAAUAAUGAAUCUCUUACUGAGAUUAUUGAUGGAUUAUUCUUGAGCAAGAGUUAUGAUAGCGUUGGAAAUUUCAAUACUUUGAAGGAAAAGUUUGAAAAUUGGAAGAAAACUGAACUUGAAAAGUAUACCAACAUGAUAAAGAUCUUGAUUCAAACCAAUGAUACACUCUCCAUUGCCAAUAGAAUUUAUCUUCAAGAGACUGUUCAAAUUAAAGAGCCAUUCUUACAAGAAUUGGAAAGCAAGUUCGAUUCCCAAGCAGAGAGAGUUGACUUUAUGAAUAAGCCCUCUGCUCAAGUCAGAUUAAUCAACAAGUGGGUUGAAGACAAAACUAGAAAGUACAUUAGAGAUUUACUUUCAGAUACAGAUAUAAAUAGGCAAACCAUUAUGGUUCUUGUGAAUGCCAUUUAUUUCAAUGGCAAGUGGAAAUAUCAAUUCAAAAAUAGGUCCACCUUCAAGAAGAGUUUCAGAACUAUUUCCAAUCCAAGUGGUGGAGACAAGUGUGAUAUGAUGCACAUGUCUUCUGAUAAGAAAUUUUGUUAUGCCAAUUUGGAUGAAUAUCAAUUGUUGCAAUUGCCUUACUCUGAUGAAGAUUACUGCAUGACAUUUAUUAAACCAAAUGAAAAUGUCACACUCAACGAAGAAACUGAGAAUGAUUUCAAUCAAUGGAUCAUUGAAAAACUCCAAGAUGUUACUCAACUCCAACCAAAUACCUUUGUAAAGGUUGACAGAAUUGAAAUUCCAAAAUUCAAAUUUCAAGCCACACUCCCAAAUUUAGUGCAAUCAUUUAGAGAAGAUCCAUUCAAUAUCAAGAAUAUUUUCUCUUCACAAGCUGAUUUUUCAAGCAUGUUGGCCAAUUCUAACGAUCAAGUACACAUUAGCAAUGUUAUUCAUAAGGCCUUCAUUCAAGUUGAUGAAUCUGGAACAGUUGCAGCUGCAGCUACUGCAAUGGGCGGUAGAGGUGGUGGAAGAGCCAUGAAAAAAUUUACUCCUUCCUAUCAAUUCAUUGCUGAUCGACCAUUUGUAUUUAUUUUGCAACACUUGCCAACCAAUACUAUUUUAUUCACUGGUAAAAUUAAUGAAAUGACCAAUUGAAAAUGAUUCAAUCUGGAAAUGAGAAUCUCUUAUUGAGCUAAUAAGGAAUAUCAUUAGUCAACCAACAUCAUUUUUUCUGUCUCUCUCAAAUACGACAAUAAACUUAUUCUACUU